AUGGGAUUUUGUAAUGUAAAGACAUCACGCACUCCCCCUCUACCAGAUCCAGAUGAACCCUCCAAUGUUGCUGAAGCAAUUGCCUCCUGGGGUUUGGAUUAUGUGGUGAUUACUAGCAUCGACCGAGAUGACUUGCCUGAUCAGGGAAGUGGGCAUUUUGCUGAAACAGUGCACGAGUUAAAGUUUCUGAAACCAAGCAUACUUAUCUCGCUCCUUGUUCCUGAUUUUCGAGGAGACCCCAGCUGUGUGGAGAGAGUCUCAAAAUCAGGAUUAGAUGUUUUUGCUCACAACAUUGAGACAGUUGAAGAGCUGCAGAGCAUGGUGCGAGAUCAUCAUGCUAACUUCAAGCUAUCAAUUGAUGUCCGUAAAAUGGCAAAAGAAUAUGCUCUUGCUGGCACUCUAACAAAGACCUCGAUAAUGUUGGGUUGUGGAGAAACACCUGAUCAGGUGAUCAGCACAAUGGAGAAAGUGAGGGCAGCUGUAGUUGAUGUUAUGACUUUUGGUCAGUACAAGAGACCAUCUAAGCGUCAUAUGCCAGUCUCUGAAUAUGUUACUCCAGGAGCAUUUGACCAGUGCCGUUCUCUUGGGUUGGAAAUGGGCUUCUGAUAUGUUGCAUCAGGUCCUAUGGUCCUCUCAUAUAAAGCAGGUGAAUUUUGUAUCGAGUCAAUGAUUGAUGCUGAUCAAGCAAAGGUUCCUACCACUCCACAACCGGGGUCGUAA